AUGCUCGAGGAAUUGACCAAACGAGUUGAAUCCGGUGAAAAGAAGAUAGAGGCGAACGAUAAGAAGGUGGAGAACUAUAAUUCGAGGGUCGAUCAAAUACCGGGGGCUCCGCCGGUGUUGAAGGGGCCGGAUUCAAAAAAGUUCGUUCAAAUGCCAUUCCCGCCAAGCGCGGCGCCGAUGAAAAUCCCCAAAAGGUUUCGCAUGCCCGAUAUCCCGAAGUACAACGGGACAACAGACCCGAAUGAGCAUGUAACUGCAUAUACAUACGCUAUCAAGGGCAACGAUCUCGCCGAUGAUGAACGGGAAUCGGUGCUACUUAAGAAAUUCGGAGAAACCCUGUCGAAGGGAGCUAUGAUUUGGUAUCAUAACUUGCCCGAGCACUCGAUUGAUUCAUUUGCCAUGCUUGCUGAUGCUUUCGUUAAGGCCCAUGCCGGGGCUAUCAAGGUCGAAACCCGAAAGUCAGAUCUAUUCAACGUCAAGCAACGAGACGACGAGACCCUCCGCGAGUUCGUGGCUCGAUUUCAAAUGGAGCGCAUGGACUUGCCACCAGUUACGGACGAUUGGGCCGUUCAGGCUUUCACCCAAGGGCUCAAUUCGAGGAGCUCGAUCACCUCAAUGGAACUGAAACAAAACUUGAUAGAGUACCCGGCAAUCGCCUGGGCUGAUGUGCAUAACAGAUAUCAGUCGAAAAUAAGAGUCGAAGACGAUAAGAUUUUGAGGGCCGCUUCAGUGUCGUGGCAUUCUAGUAAAGGAACUGAUCGUACAAGGAGAGUGGUGGAUCGAGAUUCCAGAUCGUCCUAUGACAGGUACCAGCCGUAUCCGCUCGAUCGAAGAGGAAAUGGGCGUAACACUGAAUCGGGCAAAAUUGAUAGGAGAAAUGACCGAAGGAGCGACCGAGGUCCAAACAACCGUGGGUUGGUAAACAAAAACGCUGUCGAAAGAAUUUCGGGGAACAGAGAGAUUCCAAGGUUAUCCGAGUACAACUUUUGCGUCGAUGUAGCAACUUUAGCGGCGGCCGUUAGCCGAAACAAAGAAACAAGGCAUCCGAGGCCCAUCCAAUCUGACCCGGAGAAGCGGGACAAAAGCCUUAUUUGCAAGUAUCAUCAUACUCACGGCCACCGGACCGAAGAUUGUCGACAGCUGAGGGAGGAGGUGGCCCGUCUGUUCAAUUUGGGGCAUCUUCGAGAAUUCUUGAGUGAACGAGCGAAAACCCAUUUUAAAAACUUGGAUUCCAACAAGCCGGAUAGACCGGAAGAGCCUCAUCAGGUGAUACACAUGAUCAUGGGUGGAACCGACGUGCCCAUGGGACCAGUGAUGAAGCGCACGAAGAUCUCCAUAACGAGGGAAAAGCGUGUCCGAAGCGAUGAUCCCGAUGGUGCCAUCACGUUCGAUGACGAGGACAUGGAAGGCAUUGCCCAACCACAUAAUGACGCACUGGUAAUCUCUAUCCUUGUCAAUAAUGUUAGAAUUAAACGUGUGCUGAUUGAUCCAGGUAGCUCGGCUAAUAUCAUCCGAUGGAGAGUCAUCGAACAGCUGGGGCUACUAGAUCAGAUCGUGCCUGCCAUACGAGUCCUCAAUGGAUUCAACAUGGCAUGCGAAACGACCAAAGGCGAGAUCACUCUACCAAUCAGCAUGGCGGGAAUUACGCGACAGACGAAAUUUUAUGUGACGAGAAGGUGA